AUACAUUUUUUUUGCAUACACAUAUGUUUUAGUUCUAAGAAAUCAAUUGAAAUACUAGUGUACCCUGCGUAGAGGCGUAGUUUAGCUGGCCCACAUGGACAAAGUAGAGAUACUACUUGUCCCAUGGCUGCACAGCACCUUAGAUUCGCUUCGACGCAAUUCGUAACCAGUUUGGUCGCAUGCUUAUGUGCUCCAAUCUCCACAAUGAGCUGAGAGUGCGGCUCUACCAUUUGUCGAGAUCGGCUCAAAGCGAACGCACACACAUUCCGCAUCCGCCAUGUCGGCCGCAGCUAGUAAUUCCAGCAAGAUGAUGACAUCGCCCGGCGAUAUGUUUACCCUGGAGAAUCCUGUCUUUUGCUGCUAUCUUUUUUGGUCCACGGUCCUGGUGGUGAAGAUGCUGCUCAUGUCGCUGCUAACGGCCGUCCAGCGUUUCCGGUACAAGCUGCUGGCGAUCGUACCGUUGGCACUGCGGCGCAGGAUCUUUCCCAACCAGGAGGAUCUGUUCUUCAAGAAUCUCGAAGUACAAUUCGAUGAUCCGCAUGUGGAGCGGGUCAGAAGGGCCCAUCGCAAUGACAUGGAGAACAUUCUGCCGUACUUUAUCAUGUCCUUGAUUUAUAUCAGUACCAAUCCGAAUGCCGAUGUGGCCUGCAUACUGUUCCGAGUGGCCUCCGUGGCCAGGAUCAUACACACUCUGGUUUACGCCGUUUAUCCGGUGCCGCAGCCAUCGAGGAUUCUGGCCUUCGCCACCAUGCUCCUGAUCACCUUCUACAUGGCCGCCGUGGUCGCUCUGCGGACCCUAAGCUUUAUCUGAAUAAAUUCAAGUCCCUUUUGGCUUAACUCUCAAAUAUAACAUGAGCUUUUCAAGAA